AUGUCCAUGUCAUUGUCAUCUCUAGUUAGAAGACGCUCAAGCGACGAAAUAACCAACUCGGCCUCGGUUUCCAGUAGCCUCUUUCCAGCAUUUGGCACCACCAUCUUUGAUGUUGAAGGUUACUCGAAGUCGAACCUAAGAAAAUAUGUCAUUGCUCCCUAUGACCGUAGAUAUCAAUUGUGGCAAACGUUCCUUGCGGCAUUGGUAGUGUACUCUGCAUGGGCAUCUCCAUUCGAGCUAGCUUUCCGGGAACUGUACGUCAAAAAGUUACACUUCACCAUGGAUAUAGCCUCCACUGUGCCAUUUGAGCAGAUACAUCAAAUUCUGACGGGCAAACCAACCAAAAGCGAGGUCUUUGGUUUCCUAAUUAUGCUUAGACUAUGGCGAUUGAGGCGUGUUAGCGAACUCUUCGCAAGAUUCAAUCAAGUAAGGUUCGUUCAUGCUUCCCAUUUCGUUGGUUCAUCACAGGUGACGCUAUUUGCAGUGCACUUCGCAGGCUGCAUGUAUUUUUGGUUGGCUGUCCAACUCAAAACACCCAAAAACACGUGGAUCGGGAACAAAACAGAGGAUUUUAAUGAUUUGAGCGUCGGGUUGGGUUACACUUAUUCCAUGUACUGGUCUGUUGCAACCCUUACUACUGUUGGCUAUGGAGAUUUCUAUGCAGUGAAUUUAACAGAGAAGCUUUUCAGUACUUUAUACAUGCUGUUUAACAUCGGCCUCACUUCAUAUAUAAUCGGAAACAUGACAAAUCUGUUAGUUCAUAGCUCUGUCGGAACAUUUGCAAUGGUGUCAGAAACGAAAGCAGAAUACUACCCAUCUAAGGUUGACAUUAUCUUGCAAAAUGAGAUGUCAACAUAUUUCUACAUUUUGGUAUCCGGAUCACUGGAUGUGUUGAUGUACAAGAAUGGGUCCGAACAGGUAAGAUGA